GGGCCCUGUGCCAAAGGUGUCGUCUUCUCAGGUGUCACUGGCUGGCCGUGUGAAGAGAGCGAGAGAGCAGAGAACAGGAGAUCAGCAGCUGUAGGAGUAUCAGCUCACCUGGUGGAAAGACACAUUCAGCUCCGUACCUGGACAAGACAGCAGCAGGAGCCAAUGAGAAGAAUCAGGAGAAACAGCAAGACUCUCCUUCAGGAUCUCUUUUAUAGGGGAGUCCACGGAGGAGACAGGGAUACUCCUAUCCCAGCUCAGCCUGGUAGAGACGCUAAAAUGAUCCACUCCAUCGCCAGUCUGAUCAGAGCGAAGAGCAAACUCCUCCUCCUCGAGAAUCCUGACACUGUGGAGAUCUACAAGCUGGAUGAUUCAACAGUCUGUUCUAAAAGAACUGGUAAAGACGAUGUUUACCUCCCAGCCAUCACAACGAGGGUGUCAAGUUUAAACUCAAUGAAAGGGGCUCUGAGUCAGUCCUGCCCUUACCUGUACGACAAAAGAAGAGGAUCUUUCUCCUCUGUUGCCUCUCAGAGAACUGGAAGUCACCCUAAAAAACAGAGUAACUUCAAGGCACAAAAAGAGGCAAAGAAAUCCAACGUCACUGUGACAAUGACCUACCUCGGACAAGGUCAUCGGUGGUCAGGAUUGCGGUCGACUCAGGAUGAACUGAAGGUACUCCAGCAAGUCAACGGAGGGGAGAAUAUCUGUGUCUUCAAAGGCCUGGUGACUCCAGGAGAGCAGUUCCAGUUUGUCUCUCAGAGACACAGAGGUUACCCCUUCAGUACUACCUUGUACGUUAACGGCAUCAUGGCGGCCAGAAUCAGUUCCUGCUGUGAGUACCGCUACGCUCCCGGCUUCCAGCAGGGCAGGAAGAGCUGCUUCAGGUUGACUUGGCUGGCUGGUGGGAUACCCUGUUACAGAUGUACAAGUCUUCGAAACAAAUACAGCUCCUGCCAGCAGCUGAACAACGGCACAAAGGAGAACUUAAUUCUCCCUCUAGAGCAGAGCCCUGGCAAUGGCACCACCGAGUCAUGUCCAUCAUCCCCUCUGUUUAUCCCAGCCAAACCAGAGAAGAAAUCCAUGAGGAGGACAAGAAAACACAUCAAGGAAGGCAGCGAAGGAUCUACAGACUGCGAAGACCCCGCUGUAGUUAGGAUUAAAGAGACCUCCAAGAAGAAACGAUGCAAGGGUCAAACUAAUCAGAAAGAGAGCAAAGGCAAGACAGCUGGAAAUAAGAGGGAAGAGGGACAAGACAGCAAGGGCUCGGAGGUCUGGCGAAGGCCAACAGUGACAGAAAAAUGUGGAGACCAAGCUUUGUCUGCCAGACAAAAGCAGAAACAGCAGAAAACAACCUACGAUGUCACAGUGUUCGAGACAGAGCAGCCGCCGUUGAACAAGACAAGCAAAGUUCUCGUCCUGGAGAGGUGCCGGCUCCAGAAGAGGCUGUCAUCGUGCCCCAAAGCUCCAGGCUCAGAUGUGGAGCUCAAUGCAGAAAGUGACACCAUCCUGCAGCCUGAUGGAGAGCCAGAGGAAGAAGAGGACACGGCCAGCCAGAGUGCUGGCAAAGAAGAGCCUGUUAAAGAACAAGACCUGCAGGCGCAGCUCGACGCCAUGAUGACGGUGCUGAGCACAUCUGAUGAGGUGGAGCAGCUGGUUCUGAGGAACACAGGCCUGACAGACGACCUUCUGCUGGGCCUGGCAGAGGGCCUAAAGAGCAGCCUGUCUGAAGUCACCCUGCUCAACCUCAACCUCAACCUCAUUGGCCCAUAUGGCGCUUACAUCCUGCUGGACGUUCUGAGAGUGAAGCCUCAGGUCAAAGGCUUACACUUGUUUGGAAACAAACUGCGUGACCAUGGAGUGCUGACCCUGUUGAAUGGAAUAGCUGAGCUGCAGGAGCAAACAGCGAGAGCUGCUGCUGUCAUCCAGCAGGCGAUGCUUUUCCCGUCGGAGCAGAAUAUGCUUCUGCAGCUCCCCACUGGAUGGAGCUCUUUCAGGGUUUUUGUGCUUUUAGAAUUGGAUAUUGGGGGAAAUGGCUUGAGCAGCGACGGAGUAAAGCUGUUAGCAUCCUAUAUGAGGCACAGCUCUUACCUUCAGUACUUAGGGCUGGCACAGACCAGCGGCGCCAAUCUGGCGGCGUGGAAGGAACUCUUCGACAGCCUCAAAGGAAACAACUCGUUGACUCAGAUCAUCCUAGACGAGAACAAUUUGGGAGACCCAGGGGUCAGGCUGCUGGCCGACAUGCUGAAAGAGAACAUGAGUCUGCGGCAGGUGGAUCUGGACAGGAACGGCAUCAGCGACGUGGGAGGAAACGACAUCAUGGGGGCAUUGCUUUGCAGGACGCAGUUCCCGCUGAGCCAUCUGAGCCUUCAGGAGAACAACAUCAGUGCAGGACUAAUGAGUAGGAUACAGGAGGAGGUAAAAUAGAAAAUAAUCCUGUGGAAACAUACACAACCAUGAGAACCUAUGCAAUAUAAUAAAGCACUGACUUGAGAUUCUUUGUGUACAUUUUGAGGUCAGAGAGGAAAAAACCUGACUCAUUUGACUUGGUGGACCUUCAAACACACACACAAGGAUCUCUUCCUUCCUGUAAGUGGGUGGUCCUGCUAACAAAUGCUGCAUCUGAGUUUAGCCCAGGCAGGUAGUGUAGGAGGCAUGUUUGUUUUGGGGCUGCACUGUGGUCUGGUGCAUUUUCAAAGAGAUCUCAAACUGAACCGUUCUUCUUUGUGUUCUUCACCUUGAGUUUUUUUUUUUUUUCUUCUUCUUCUUCUUCUUCUUCCCACCAGCGUUACUCCUCAUGACUCCACACCUCCUACUUUGCUAAAACUGACUCCAGUACAAAGCUCACUGAUCCCUCUGUCAUUUUAUUGAAUAAUUUGCUGCCUCCUGACAAAAAAGAAAACGGUGAUUCAUUCCACCCACAGUACUUAAAGGUCAUGGAUGACUUACCCCCCCCUUUAAGUAGUCAUCAUCAGAUCCCCUUUCUCCACUUCUACAAAUCAAAAGAGUUAUGGACAGCUAAGCCAUGCCACGUCAACUACCCUUAUUUUGUCACUCUUGUUCCUUCGUGUGCUAGACAGAGCUUCUAUUCAGAAUCUAAGCAUGGGGGGGAGAAAAACUAGGGCAAAUUCAUCUGAAUUUUGGAGGCUGUCAUCUCAUUGUUCAAUCAACACCGACAUUCUGAGAAUAACUGUACCUGUGAUCAAAGCUUGUCAAAGUGGUAAUUAUCUCCUCCUCUGAGGGCUGCCAGUAGAGAUUCUGCUGAAACCAAUCCCUCCAUAUUUCAUCUGCAGUCUUUGCGAAUUCCUUUCUGUGGAACCCCAAUAAAGAUGCUCUCUGAAGCCCCAGGAGGAUGACAGAUAAAUGAGACUGACGCACCUGAAGAUUACAUCUGCAGAAGUCAUCCUGCUUUGCCGUACCAGACUGAAUAAGCUUCUAUUUGUGGUGUUGUGGUGGCGUACAUAAAAAACUCUGUAAAGAAAAGAUGUGUAGUUCAGGGUGUGUUAUUUUGUAAGGUCAAUUCUUAGUAUCUAAAUUUUGCAGAUGAGACGGGCAAGAUUUUGUUAUCAGCACUUUAAAAAAAAAAAGUUUAUUUUCUAUUUGACUGUUGAUCUUCUAAGAUCUCAACAGCCACAUUCGUAGUAGAGUGAACACAAAACCAAGUGGUUCACCAUCAUGCCUGGCUGAGCAUAACCUGGCAAACAAGAGCCGCACUGUAAUUCACUGACUCCUUCGAUAAGGCCUUCGUGCUUCUCUGUUACAAGUAAAACGCAGAUCAGUGACCCCAUUGUCCAUCUGCUAAUGUUAUCUGUAUUUGGCCUGAAACGAAUCCUGCAGUGUUACAAGCUUCUUUCAACUACUCUUCCAAAAACAAGGCCUUCAAUCAUAGAAGCUCAAUCUGUUAGGAAUUUACAGGUUUGCUCGACAAACAGUUUCCCCUUUCAGACCUUUGUAGGUUACUGUAUCGUAUCUCUUGGUCUGUAACGAAAGAGUUUCCCCUCAGGGAUCAAUAAAGUAUUUCUGAUUCUGA